GGGACCCCCUUCUCCCCAGGAGUAGGGUCUACGAGCAGUUCGUUUGGGCUCAUUGUCCCCCACCCCAGAUAUCACCCUGGAGAUCUUAAAGACUCUCGAGAAAAGCCACGUGGGGGGCUGGUUCCCCUGGGGCUUCCUCCCGUCCCCCGACUGCCUGAUCCUUUGGAGCGUCCCUGAUGUCUGCAAAGAUGUGGAUUUGGACGUCCUCGUGGAAGCCUUAAAGCCCGUGGGGACCUUUAAAAAGAUCGGCAAGGUGUUCCGCAAGGAGGAGGACUCCACGGUGGGCAUGCUGCAAAUUGGAGAGGACGUCGACUAUUUGCUCAUCCCCCGGGAGGUCAGGCUGGCAGGGGGCGUCUGGAGGGUCAUCUCCAAGCCCGCCACCAAGGAGGCGGAAUUUCGGGAGCGGCUGACCCAGUUUCUAGAAGAAGAGGGCCGCACCCUGGAGGACGUGGCCCGCAUCAUCGAAAAGAGCACCCCGCACCCGCCCCAGCCUCCCAAAAAGCCCAAGGAGCCCCGAACGAGGAGGAGGGUCCAGCAGAUGGUGACUCCUCCGCCCCGGUUAGUCGUCGGUACGUACGACAGCAGCAACGCUAGUGACAGCGAGUUCAGUGACUUCGAGACCUCCAGAGUCAAGGGCAAGAAAGGCUCGGGGCGCGGCAGGAAAGUGCGCAAAAUGCCUGUCAGUUACUUGGGCAGCAAAUUCCUCGGAAGCGACCUGGAGAGCGAAGAUGACGAGGAACUGGUCGAGGCCUUCCUCCGGCGCGGGGAGAAGAAGCCCAGCGCGCCGCCCGCGCGCCGCCGCGUCACCCUGCCAGUGCCCAUGUUUGAGGACAGCCCGGGACCCCAGCCCUCCAAGGCGGACAGGUGGCGAGAGUAUGUCAGCCAGGUGUCCUGGGGGAGGCUGAAGCGGAGAGUGAAGGGUUGGACACCAAGGUCUGGCCCCGGGGUGGGCGAGGCCCGGCAGGCCUCCACCGCAGGGCAGAGAGAGGGGGCCUCCUCGGUGCCAGGCGGCACCAGCCGGAGGGAAGAAGUGAGAAACGCAGGAGACGAGCCCGUGCCCGAGACCUCCCUCAGACGGUGGAGGCCCAAGAUCAACUGGGCCUCCUUCCGGCGCCACAGGAAGGAGGAGGCAGCAUCCGCAGUUCAGGGGGCAUACAUCCCUGCUGACCAGGGGGCAGAGGCUGCAGAUAAUCAGAGGGCAGAGGCCAUAGCUGACCAGAGGGCAGAGGCUGCAGAUAAUCAGAGGGCAGAGGCCAUAGCUGACCAGAGGGCAGAGGCUGCAGAUAAUCAGAGGGCAGAGGCUGCAGAUAAUCAGAGGGCAGAGGCUGCAGAUAAUCAGAGGGCAGAGGCUGCAGAUAAUCAGAGGGCAGAGGCUGCAGAUAAUCAGAGGGCAGAGGCCAUAGCUGACCAGAGAGCAGAGGCCAUAGCUAACCAGUGGGCAGAGGCUGCAGAUAAUCAAAGGGCAGGGGCCCCAGAUGACCAGGGGUCAGAGGCUGCAGAUAGUCAGAGGGCAGAAGCUAUAGCUGACCAGAGAGAAGGAGCCCCAGCUGUCCAGGAGGCAGAGGCCAUAGCUGACCAGGGAGGAGAAGCUGCAGAGAAUCAGAGGGCAGAGGCCCCGGCUGAGCAAAGGGCAGAGGCUGCACAUAGUCAGAGGGCAGUGAUCCCCGCUAUCCAGGAAGCUGAAGCUUCAGCUGCCCAGGGGGCCACAGGGGCAGCCCCAGGAUCUAGGGCCCGGAAACAGGUCAAGACAGUGAGGUUCCAGACCCCUGGGCGCUUUGCAUGGUUCCGCAAGCGCCGGAGAGCCUUCUGGCACACUCCCCGGUUGCCCACCCUGCCCAAGAGAGUCCCCAGGACAGGCGAGGGUAGGAGCCUCAGUGUGCUGAGGACUGAAGCCAGAGCGGAAGUGGAGCAGGGAGAGCAAGACGACCAGCUGUGAGGUGAAGGCCAGAGGCCUUGGAGCGCCUGCUGCCUCCUGCCGUUCAGGGCGCGCCCUCCCUCUCCACACGUGGAGGGAGGUGCUCUUUCUGCCUCCACACUUGAAAGUGGAGGCAGGGAGACGGACAGACAGCACCUCCCACAUCUCCAUCUCACAACCCUUUUUCUCUUCUUGUCAAAGUGUUACCUCUCAUGCAUUGACUCCUUAUGGCAACCCAAAGAAUGUAAGGAAAGAAAUUGAUACAGUGGUGUUGCAUCGCCCAGGGUUUUAACUUCCUCAAAUGCAACUCUAGGUGCUCAGCUUGAAAACAGGAGAGAGGCAGGGUUGGGGAGAAACUCCUUUCUUUUCCUGCUCCCUUUCGCCUGCACACUUAACAUUGCCUCCUUGAAUGUAAAAAGAGGGCUCAAUCAACAUGCAAAUAAACAUGCUCACAAACUGA